AUGAAUUUAACCAUUGCAGGAGUUGAAUACGCCAACACAUCAGGCCGUGAUCCUCGUCAUUUAAUCGAAGACGUCGUUGAGGAAAACGGUGACGAAUUCGUUCAGCACUCCGAGUACUACGACGGACAGGACGAGUUUCCCAUUAAAGCCUGUGACGGAUCAGCAGAAGAAACUGCUUUGGUAUUAGCACCACCCACUAAAUACCAUACGAUGGCUGUCAUCCCAGGCCGAUGUGUUCGAGGUUUCCUCGACAUUUCCUCUUUCUUCAUAUGUAUUAUCUUGGUAAUCAUCCAACUAGGAUUGCUCGAUUACUACUAUUUAACAGUCCUUUCGGAUAAAAUAUGGUAUUCAUGGAUUGGUGCCGAUGCUUUAGUUAUUGUUGUUUUCCUCUGGCUACUGGUUCUCGCUGUAAAGCAUAACCAGACUCAAAUGGAAGAAGUUUGCAGCGUGGAUGGUAAAGUGAAAUACGCUUGGAUAGGAUGGUUCAUCUACUCUCUAGUUCUAGUCGGCAAGAUAUCUGCCUGUUUCCGUCUGUUCUACCAUAAGUUACCACCUGGCUCGUUGGAUAACAACGAUAAGCUCUUCGAUGACCAACUAUUCAAACUCGGACUAACACUUUCUGCCCCUAUCUUCCUUUUCCUCCUGGAAACUCACCACUACACUCCUUUAAUGAGUACUCGUCAAAUGUACAUUGCAUACUUGGCUACCGCUGUCUGUCUCGAUCUCAUUGACAACAUAGAUUUUAUGGAUCUCCUCUGGCAAUCAUUUAACGACACAUGGAAGUUGCAUUUCUGGCUUGACGUUGCCAUUCUCAGCGUUGUUUGUGUCAACUUCGUAAUGCCGACUUUCACACUGCUGAGAUUACGUUUUGGACGAUUCCCUAAUGUUCUUUUGGUCAGCGACAAGAUUUGGGCUUUAGUUUACGUCUUAAUCGUUAAUGGACCAGUUCUUGGAUUACGUAUCUACUUGUACAUUCUACUGGAAAUCGAGAACAAGGGAAAAAAAUAUCAAUUCUCAGUCUUUUCAAUCAAGAACGUUGUCAUGAUCUAUUUGGCGAUUCGCGAAUUAUGGACGAGACUUCAAUACUGGCGCAUGAAACGUCGAGCUACAGGAAGCCGAGGAGAGCUUACAAGCCAUCAUGCAACUGACGAUGACAACUAA